AUGGAAGGUGAAGGAGAUAGUCGUGUGCACUUCUCCGAGGUGAGCGACCCGUGGUCCAGCUCACGUCAUGUGGCGGUGCUGCAGGCGCUCGACGCCGUCGAGAAGAAACUGGUGACGGCUUUGCAUACAGCGGCUACUGCCAUGUCGCUCGUGGCACCACGUGUGUCGUCCGAGGAGAGCUCAUCGCUGGCCUUUAAUUCAGCGUGUACUGAGUUUCUACAGCUGGUCAAGGAGAUCCACAUCGAGUUGGCCAACCACAUCCACCUUGUUUCAGACUACCGCACAUUUGCACGCAGCACCUACGGAGCAGAAAAGGAUGUGGAAAUUUGUCGCGAAAAGGUCAAGGUUGUGUCUGAGCAGCUUCAUACAUUGUCGCGCUUCCUGGAAGACCAUUACACGCCCGAGGAAAACUAAAGACCUUUGCUGGGCUAAGUUGUCAGUCCCGUGGUAUUAAUUUCACAUAGAUUGCUUAUUUUUGGUGGUGGU